CCCUGAUCCUCCAUCAUUUGCAGGGAGAGAAAAACACAUACGCGCGUGCACAGACAGCCUCCCACAUACACGCACAAGCACACUGUGCUGAGCGCUAGCAAGGAGCUUUGAGACGUUUCACCCGAUACUGAGACAAAAGGAAUCUAAUCUGCAACAAUGGAAGAAAACAUGGAUGAAUCACAAAGCCAGAAAGGUUGUAAGGAAUGUUGUGAGCGAUGUGUGGGUAGUUUGCCCUGGGCAUCCCUCAUCGCCACUAUCAUCCUCUACAUGGGCGUGGCCUUGUUCUGCGGAUGUGGUCAUGAGGCUUUGAGUGGAACCGUCACCAUCCUCCAGAACUACUUUGAGGUCAUCCGAGCACCUGGAGAAACACUGGAUGUGUUCACCAUCAUUGACAUCCUGAAGUACAUCAUCUACGGCCUUGCAGCUGGAUUCUUUGUCUUUGGAGUGCUGUUGCUGGUGGAGGCAUUUUUCACCACUGGAGCAAUUAGAGAUCUGUAUGGAGAGUUCAAGAUUACUGCUUGUGGACGCUGCCUGACUGCAUUUCUGAUGUUCCUGGCCUACCUGUUUUUCCUGGUGUGGCUGGGUGUCACAGCAUUCACCAGCUUGCCAGUCUUCAUGUACUUCAAUGUUUGGUCCAUGUGCAAGAACACCAGCGUGGUUGAGGGAGCCAACCUCUGUCUGGACCUCCGCCAGUUUGGGGCCGUGACCAUAUCUGAGGAGAGGAAGGUAUGCACGGGAUCUGAGAAGUUCUUCAAGAUGUGUGAAUCUAAUGAGCUGGACUUGACCUUCCAUCUGUUUGUGUGUGCACUGGCUGGAGCAGGAGCUGCUGUGAUUGCAAUGGUCCAUUUUCUGAUGGCCUUAGCUGCUAACUGGGGAUACCUGAAAGAUGCAAGUCGGAUGCAGAAAUAUGAAGAUAUCAAGUCGAAGGAGGAGCAGGAGCUGCAUGAUAUCCACUCUACACGCUCCAAAGAACGCCUCAAUGCCUACACAUAAACACAUAUGAUGCGAAACAAUGCAUGCACUUACCAAACAGACACACUAAAGUAUUUAUUCACACACACAAACCUGCAGCACACAGUCAUCCAUACGAACAUAACAUAUUAAUCAAUAUACAUCAGUAUGAAAAAAAUAUAUAUAUACAGACCUGUGGUAAGCAGCAAAAAUGAUGAAGAAAAGAAACAUUGAUAUCCUCCGUGUGCUGACCUAGACUAUGAAGACUUAAACUGACGAUUCAAAGUUAUGCAAUAUGAAUGUGCAGUGCUUAACAAUUUUAGUAGACCACCUGUCAUUAAAGUGAGAAGAUACCUUUCAGCAUCAUGAAGUGCAUGAAAUGUAGAGUUUUGAUUUCACUGAGCUCUCGACUGGUCUGCUGGGCUUGUCUGAGAAUUCAAAAAAUAAUUAACAAUACCAAGUGAAACCAUUGAAAGUAAAUAGCUAUGUGACUGAUAAUGUGGUUUACUCUCUCUAUAUACGUAUAUACUAUAUUUUGUAGAACAGUACAUUUGAAAAAUCAUGGAUAACUGUAAUUACAAUUUAGCAUUUCAAAAAACUACUGGGGUGUUAAUUGUUAAAAAAAUUUAAAGGUUGUGUCAUAAACCAUAUAAUUGGGUAGUGGUUUAAUAAAAAUGCUAAGCACUGCAGAUGAAUUAAAUGAAAGAACUAUCAUCAGAAAUGUCUGCUGCUAGCAUGACACUAAGCAACAGUCAGUCGAAGACACACGGAAGACUUCAUUGUAUGUAAGAUCAUCUUUUCAUCGAGGGUGUGUAAUAUCAAGAAAUCGCCAUUAAAAACCGCGAUACCGACAACGCGCAGAUCACACACAUGCACAAAAACACACAAACAUAUAUUUGUGGAUGAAUGGUCAGUGUUGUGCAGGCAGUGUCGUAUGGUGGUGUCAUGCUGUGCUAUGUCAUUUAUCCACAUUAUGAUGACUGGUAUUGCAAAGAAAUAUGGUUUACGGGAAAGUUUGUACUUAAAUGAGUGCAAAUGGGUAGCUUGACUCACAUAAACCCUGACCAAAUAUUUUCUCAACUCUCAUCUGGAGCCCAGUUUCAUCGGUUGCUUCCUUGACAGUACUCACUUCCAAUUACAAUAAAUACAAGUAGCCUAUGCCACCAAUGUUCAUUAGCAUAGCAGGCUGUGGCUUUUUUUUUUUUAAACAAAAUGCACUUAAAAAUGUUGAUGCUAGUUAAUCGUGAUAUUAAUCCAAACAUAUUGCCUAGAUAAGGUGGCAUCACGGACCAGUAAAUUGAUAGUGAAUUAGUGUUAUUUAUACUCUUUUCGUAAUGUCAGAUUAGAUUGGGUCACAAUUAGCAUUAAAGGUGGUUGAUGAUUUGAAAUAACUGUUGAAACUGGGCUUCUUUACCUUUCUCUGACAAUGUUUGUGUAAACUUGUGAUUUGUACUCCAGAAACAGCACAUCUUAGCAGCACAAAAUAUUUUACAAAGUCAUAUCAAUGUCAUAUUGUCUUCAUGUCUGUUAAGACUACAUUUUUCUCACUUUUUGGAAUUUUUGCCACAUUUUUACCAGCAUCGUUCAUGUGUAAUUUUAACAGGGGUACAUAUAAAGGGCAGUGCGUAGGGGGUGGGGGCUUGGUAUCACAUUCACAUUUUCAUGUGAUUCUGCACACACAACUACACUAAAAAAUUCAUCUGUACACGUAUAAACACCAGCCAUUGUGAGACUUUGAUUCUAUGGUUUUGCUAUCAUGUUCAGUAGUAGCUAUGUCUUUGUGUAUCUGGCUUUAAUUGGACCAAAAUUGCUUUUUUGUAAUGAAAUUAAUCCAGAUCCUCAUUACAACAGACAACACGUCAUUGGCAUCAAGGAGAGAUAACUGUGAAUGGUAUCUCGGCUGUUUAAUAGUGGCUUUUUUUGUGUGUAGCUUUCAAUGUAAGGGUGAGUGUGCGUGUUUUUUCCAGUCCUAACUGUGUCUUUUCAGAAGAUACAGGAAUGAAAUACUUGAUAGCUUUAACAGCAAUCAUUUUAUUUGAGUUUAGUGCUUAUUCCUUUGAGAAUGCCACAUUACCCUUUUAUGGAUUGAGAGCUACAUUGCAUCUUAAUUGUAAUUCUAUGAAAAUACAUGUUUUGUUCGCAUUAAGUGGCAAGAAACUGAUUAGUAAAAUGAUUGUAUGAUUGUAAUAAGCGCUGAGGGAACGUGAGUCUCUAUCUGCCAGUAGAGAUGGUUGAAAGUGAAAUAGCUGAGAUGAGGAUGAUUGAUUGACUGAUUAAUAGAUUGAUGACGAGACAACCAGCAGAGACACGCACACACACAUACACACACGCACACACAAACUCCACUAUUGCCAUCACUCUGAGCCAUAAUUCUGCUCUUUUACUGUUCACAGCAACAUUCCACUAUUUUAGUAAGAACCUUUAAUGCUUUUUUGUCAAAUCAUAAUUAUGGAAGGGUGUCCAAAAAGGCAAAUUCAUGUUUUUUGUAAGAAAUAUUGUGCACGGCACCUACAUAUAUUCUGUGUAAAGAUUACAUUUAUGUGAAACAGUUGGGGGGAGCAGCCGAGAAAAUGAUUUCUGAUAGGUAACAGUCUGAAAGGUGAAGUUUAGUCUCAUUGUACAGCUUCUCACCCUUAGAAGUGUAUUUACACACACACAAACACAAACACAUACACAAUAUUGAUGGAAGACAAAAGCAUGUAAAAUAUAUUUUUGAAACAAUUAGGCUGGUUAAUAAAACAAAGGUUGAGAUUUUGACAUGUUGUGAUUUGGUAAAAUUAAACAACCAUCUUACACAAAUUGUAGUAUAUAAGGUGCAACGCUUUGACAUUGUCUUGACUAUGAAUUGGAAAUGAACACAAGGUUAGACACAAUGUUUUCUCAACAUUUAAGAGCUUUUGAAAGAUCGAAUUGCAUCAUGUGGAAAACCACGGUACUGUGAAAGAAUAUAUUGAAAUCGAGUUAAACCAACUUAGAAUCGACAAGGCGUCCUGUCCUGACAGUGUGUGAAUGCAGCCUGGAUGAGGCACAAUAGGCAACCUUCACCAGAUUGUGACUGUGUGCUUGUGUGUCUUGGCUGAAUACAUGUCAGUAUUUAUAAGGGUCUAGUUUUGCAUUAACAGUAUUCAUUUCAUAUCAUUUCAUUGCCUGACAAUGGAUGUCUUGUCAGUGUUUUUAACCUCGGAUAAAAAAAAUGUUUUGUGCACUUAUUGACCAUUGUGAGCUCUCUAUCUCUUAUUAUUGGUGUGUAUGUGCAUUGAUGUCCCCUUUGUGGGACCUGUGUAUAGUCUUGCAGCAUUGGUAUAACAUGAAGAAGUAACAAUGAUGACAAUGAAUUAAUUCAUAAAAAUGAAGAAAAACUUAUUCUAGGUUAAUGAAAAAAGACAGUGAAUCUAGUUGUUGUUUGUGGCAUGGUUAUGCAUUCAAUGGUCAUAAUUUUAAUGAUUAAACAGUAUGAAAAAUAAUUUCCACUAGCGCUGUUCUGCUAUUUUUGUUUUGUUCCUCACUUUUUAGCUUGCGGUAUUGAAGUCCUAGUUGCUAAUGGUGUUGCUAAGCUAGCUAGCUUCUUUAGUUGUUUACCACCAGAGCAAUAUAUUGUACCAGUUUAACAAAACUACAAUUAAAUAUAACAUUUUAUCCUUGAAUUUCUGGAAUAGGCGUGCAUGAUGAAACUGCAAGUCAUAUUCAUUGGAUUUGCAGCUAUGACGUAAUGUAUUGCUCUGGUCACCCAUAAUGCACCAACCAGCCUCAGCUCACGCCCUUUGCCUCUUUCUCUCACUUGUAGUUAUAAUGAGCAAUUCCCUUUUUGCAAACGUGAAAUUGCACUGAGGACUUUCAGUCUUGGUCCUUCAAACCAUGUUGUCACUAAAUCAACAUGUUACCUAGCAACAAGCCCAUGCUGCACAGCUCGUGUAGCCAAAGCAAGUCUACAACAACUCUUUAAAAAAAAAAGAUAAAAUUAAGGAAAAUCUUGAUUAGCUACAGUUGAAAGGGGACAUGAUUUUUGCUGGCUGUGGUAGCAUGCUACAAAAUGAUGUAAGAAACAAUCACAGAUUUCCUGAACUGGAAAUCUUCUGUGUGAAUCAAAAAUGUCACAACUGGUGUGAGAAAGAGGAGCGGACAUGAGCUGCUUGCUCCCCAUUUGUUUGAAACUCCCUGUGAAAAUGUUUAUAUUGACUCAUGCCAAUCCUGCAUCCUUCUUGUCAACCUGCUGUCCGGUGCUUAAUUGGACUCACACUCCCAACACUUCCACAGCUCUAGCUUUGGUUAUGUGUCAGUUCAGCAUAAAGCAAACCUUCCAAAACAUAAAAUGUGAUUCACAACAUUUUGUGACAUUUUAUUUUUAUCUAAGACUGGAACUUUACAGUGUGAGUUCUGCAGCUCUAAUCGUCAACUCUGAAUUACAAGAUGAAAAAUCGGCUCCUCUGUUCCUGAAUUAAUUCAGCUCUUGACCAUCAUGAGUGCCACCACAGGACUUAAAACUUUGUUGAAGUGAGUCUGAGUCUGCAACCUUAAAAUGAUUAUCAGCUAUAUACUACAUAAACAACAAUAUUAGACAUUUUGGACGUAGGGAGAUUUUUUUUCUUCUUCAUUUCCAUAGUAGAAUUUUUGUACUCCACUGUAUUUGCUUAGUAGCAGGCUUUCUUUGAUUCACUCCCCCAUUUUUGUACAUAUCUGUGCCAACAGCUUGGGCAGACAGUGGCUUUUUUAUUUGUAAAGACAUAAACUUGCUUGCAUAUAUAAAUAAAAUGAAAUAUUACACUUGUGUACUUGUUGAUAAGGAAA